AUGGAUGGUGAUCACGAAAUCAGAAUCUUCAUCAGCGUAUGGAUCAUAGCCAUCGCAUCUCAGUUUUAUUGUUAUUAUGUAGCAGCAAGAAUCCCAGCAAAGAGCAUGUUGAGGCUCAUCUCUAUCCUCCCAAUCUUGUAUCUCCUCCUCUUGCUCCCCCUGAACCUCCAGUCGAUCCAUCUCGGUGGCCCAACAGCCUUCUAUAUAUCUUGCCUAUCUGCCUAUCUGGCUGUCUUCAAACUCCUCCUCUUCUCCUUUGAUUCUGGUCCUCUAUCACCGCCCCGGGCUAGACUUCUCCAUUUCAUUUCCGUAGCUCUUCUUCCCAUUAACCUUAGGCAACGCCCCAAAAAGCCUUCCAACGAAUUAGGCUAUGCCUUGAGUGUAGCCUUGCCUCAAUCCAUGUUUGGGUUCGAUCUGGAGCCACACUUCAAUGACCCUUAAUAUCUUUCGACUUCUCUUCAAGACCUGUGGGGGCGUAGAUGGAACCUUGUGGUCUCGAACACUCUAAGACCCCUUAUACAUCAACCAGUAAAGCGAUACCGGUACCGCAAAACCUCCGUCGCACCAAUACUUCUGCAUGUCAUGUCUUCUUUCGUCCUCUCGGUUUUGAUGCACGAGCUCUUCUUUUACUAUGUCACUCGCGCGCGUCCCACUGCAGAAAUGAUGUGCUUCUAUCUCCUACAUGGGUUCAGCUUGGCUUUUGAACUGAAGGUGAAGAAGGUGCUCGCUCAUAGGUUGCGGAUUCACCCGAUAGUUUCAAGGCUUUUGACAUUGUCGUAUUUGACUUUCACCAACCAUUGGAUAUUUUAG